GACUUUGCGCUGCAGCAAAACGCAGACACAAAGUGAAAGCACAGAAAUCAUCAACAAGAUUACUUGUACUGCAAUGCUGAAAAUAGCUUCUGUGGGUUGAAUUACACAGGAACAGAUGGUUUGACCAUAAUUGGGGAUGGCAAAUCUGAAACAAAACAUUACUGGUAGUUGCGUGUUCCACAAUUAUUCAUCUGAAUGACAUCUGGCUAUGGUCCCACAACUGUCUAAGGUCUGUUGCAUCAGCAUUGACACCACUGCCAGAGGUUGGUGGGGGAUGGGGAAGCAAAUUGACCCUGCAUUUUACUCCUGAGCCAAGAUAAUUGUACUGAAGUAAUUUCUGGCAGGUAUUGAAUCAUGGCGGAUGAGGAGAUUGCAGCAUUGGUUAUAGAUAAUGGAUCUGGGAUGUGUAAGGCUGGGUUUGCAGGGGAUGAUGCUCCUCGAGCGGUAUUCCCUUCCAUCAUAGGGAAGCUUCGACAUGAGGGAGUGAUGGUGGGAAUAGGUCAGAAGGAGUGUUAUGUUGGUGAUGAAGCUCACAGCAAGAGAGGGAUUCUGACCCUGAAGUAUCCAAUUGAGCAUGGGAUUGUGACCAACUGGGUUGACAUGGAGAAGAUCUGGCAUCACACCUUCUACAAUGAGCUGCGAGUUGCCCCAGAGGAACAUCCCGUUCUCCUCACAGAGGCACCUCUCAACUCCAAAGCUAACCGGGAGAAGAUGACUCAGAUUAUGUUUGAGACCUUUAACACGCCAGCUAUGUAUGUCUCCAUUCAGGCUGUCCUGUCCCUGUAUGCCUCUGGCCGUACAACAGGUAUUGUAAUGGACUCUGGUGAUGGUGUGACUCACACAGUACCUGUUUAUGAAGGGUAUGCCUUGCCGCAUGCCAUUCUGCGACUAGACCUGGCUGGCAGGGACCUGACUGACUACCUGAUGAAGAUUCUGACUGAACGUGGGUACUCCUUCACAACCACAGCUGAAAGGGAGAUUGUCCGUGACCUCAAAGAGAAUCUAUGCUAUGUGGCUCUUGACCUUGAGUCUGAGAUGGUUACGGCUGCCUCCUCUUCAACCCUAGAGAAAAGCUAUGAGCUGCCAGAUGGUCAAGUCAUCACCAUUGGCAAUGAACGUUUCAGGUGCCCAGAGGCUCUCUUCCAACCUUCCUUACUAGGAAUGGAGACAACUGGAGUCCAUGAGGCCGUCUUCCACAGUAGCACAAAAUGUGAUACGGACAUCAGGAAGGACCUGUAUGCCAGUAUUGUUUUAUCUGGUGGAUCCACCAUGUACCCAGGCUUUGCAAAUCGAGUGCAGAAGGAAAUCACAGCAUUGAUUCCGAGUACAAUGAAGAUUAAAAUCAUUGCUCCACCUGAAAGGAAGUAUUCAGUGUGGAUUGGUGGGUCUAUCUUGGCUUCUCUCUCUACCUUUCAACAAAUGUGGAUCAUCAAACAGCGAUAUGAUGAGUCAGGACCAUCGAUAGUCCAUCGCAAGUGUUUCUAAUCAAGUUCCCUCAGUGGACCUUAUCUGGCUUUGGGCAUUAUCACAUGCAAAAUGAUCCCAUAUACAUUUUCACUAAUCACUUAUCUAAUUGCAUGAAUCAGUAAUCUUCUUUAUUCUAAGUAGUAUUGAAUUCCAAAUACGACAUUCCUCGAGAUUUUGUUCCAAAUAGUUAGCAUUCUAAUUUGCAUGCUGGGGGCUUUCCCA